ACCGCGUGGGCCAGGACCUAACCGCGUGGGACAAAGACUCCACCAGAACCUUUGGACUGAACAACCUCAAUCCUGGUGGUCAGACAGAGCCUCCAGUCAGAGAUCCAGUCGCCAGCCCAGACCCUAAUCUUCACAGUCUCAAUGCAGGGAUGAACAGGUCCUGGGGCAGAUAGAGAGCAGGUCACCCUGGUCUUCAGCCUUCACAGAGCGAGGUGGGAGUCUAACAGGAAGUCUGUCUUCUCUCUCAGGAUAUCAUCUAAUGCCUGGUUACUGGAUUCAUAGAAAGCCUGGUCCUGGAUCUAGCCUUACUCAGUUACCUCAGGGUUACGCCACCAAUACAGAUGGGCGUUCACCACGACAGGUACCUAGCCUAUAAAACAGCACACAAUCCCCAAAACACCCAAACAAUGGCUUGAGGGAGCUCAAAAACUAACCACCUGAGGGUGGUGGCACGUGCUUCUACCUCCUCCAGUGUCAUUGGGUCACAACGUGGGAGGGCGAGCAUUAGGACGGAUGACGACAAGUCAUACGUGUGGGAACUGAUUCGCUAGCGCAAACUAUUUGACGGAGCACCAGAACGCUCAUACCAAGGAGAGGGCACUUAAGUGCAAACUAUGUUACAAGAGCUUUUUCUUCCUGAGUAGCCUUAUCAGACAUAGGAUUGUCCACAAUGGGGAAAUAGACAAGUUGACUGUUUCUCUCUUUUAUUAAAAGGUUUUUAUUCAGGUCACUUUUCCGCCAAUCAGGUUCGGUGGUGCUUCCGAGAGCAUUCUGACAGGUUGGUGUAUUCACCCAUCUAGGCUUCAAGAAAGGCUGCUGGGGGGCCGGCGGUGCUGUUGGGGCAACCGGGGCUUCCACAGGGGGGCUAGGAGUUUCUUGGAGCUGCUCGCCUAGCUUUCGGCCACGGGCUGCUGCUCCCACCCGGCAUGAAGAAGGCGGAGGUUGGCGGUUUGGGAGCCGACGCACCACAGGAAAGAGGCAGCUGCUUCUUUUCCUACCCUAACUUCAUGAGACGCCCCAUUGUCUUUUCUCGUGGUGUCUCCGAAGAGGCCCUUUUCAGAGAUGGGUGCAUUGAGCAAAGGAGUCUUUUCUGUCUCCUGGAUGGAAGUCAUGGAGAGCCAGAAGUGGGUCUGCGUCAUGACCAAUGGAGCCUUCACUUGGCCAGCGCAGACUGCCAACACUUGAGUGAUGUGGAGAGCAGAGCUGGUGAAACGUGCCACCUCUGCAAUGCCAGCCUCUAUUGCGGAUCAUCAUUUUCCCAAGUCAUCCUAUAAUAAUGUGACCACAUAUGCUUCAAGCUUAAUGUGCACUCUGCCUUCUUUCUGAUCGGAGCUGCUAAUCGUUGCGCACCUAGAACCCAUAACGCUUCAAUAGUCCAAGGGUGAGGGAUUCGACUGGGAGCCACCCAGUGAAUAGGCCUGAAGAGAGAUCCAGAGAGGAGUUUUACCAAGGUUGGAUUUCUUGCGUUUAUAGCCAUGGUGAUCAAUUGCACUGAUGGAGCAGAAAUAACAGAAGAUAGAUGUGAUAGUUGCAGCAGCAGAGAAAUAUUAGGGUGUGAGAGAUUUUAGUGCAGAAGACACUAAGGGGUUCCAUCCUCCCAGGACUGAUGUAGGAUCUUGGGGCCAAAGUAAUGGGAUGGGUGGUGGUUUUCGGGGAUAGUGUAUAGGUACAGGGUUGGUCCAUUAAUAUUUAACUUUUUUGUGACCAAAAUGCGCAUUCCGACCAGUGAAAGGCAGCAAUGGGCAACACAUCGUCUUGUCUGCCGGAAAUUCACACAGCGAAGUAGUUAACGGAAAUGAAUCGUGCACAGGAACAGUUUCAACGUUAGCGUUUUGUUAUUUAGACGUUAAUUAACACCCUGGAACUGAACAUAUCACAUACUUACCCCAGGGCAGUGUUUAAUCAGCGUUGAAGACAGGACUUGGUUGAUAGCUAGCAUUACCUAGAUAACAUCUAUCUAGCCGCUAAGAAUGGCUAACUGUAACGUAAUGGUUUUUCACACUCAAAUAGCCUCCGUUAUGGAGGUGCUAGCGAAUGCAGCCGUGGCAGAGAUCUGUAAACUCGUAGACGACGACUAUAACGUGUUUCGUUUGGAAAUAACUCAAAGCCAGAAAGAAAACAGGGCAUUGCGGAGGAAACUACAGCAACUGGAACUGAAGGUGGCACGGGAGCGCGCAGAGAGGACAAUACGAGAGCGCGUCCUUGCCAGUCGUCCCAAUAGUGUCAAGUCCCUCGACCGAUACAGAGGAAUGGCAAGAGGUGAAGGACAUCUCACUGGAGGCCACAGGAGCUUUGUGAAGCCAGCGAGACACAAUACAUGGAGAGAUGACCAACCAAUCACUGUUGAUGAGGGGAGUGGAACCUCAACCCAGCACGUUAUCGUUAUAGAGUCUACAAAUGCAGAGGCUGCAAGUCCUGGGGUGAAGCAGGAGAGGUCUGAAGGAGAGGACCCACGGCACAGCAGAGACAUCCAGACUGGAGUGCACCCUGUAGCCACAGAAGACCCCACCACCACCCCAGCACUGCCCAGGACCAGACACAGCAUCACGGAGGAGGAGGGUCCAGAGUUACUGCUGGUGAAGGAGGAGGGGUGUGAGGAGGGUCUGGGUAACCCUGAGGGGACCAUGGUCACGGAGGACAACCAGUCUACACCUCCCCCUGAACUCACAGAGGAACCAGCUGAGCAGAACAGAACUACACACAGUCUCACUGAGUCAGUAGACAUGGAGGAUGGGAAGCCUGAUCUGCUGCUGGUCAAAGAGGAGACAAUAGAAGACAGACCAGAGAGCAUUGAUCUGCUGAGUGGACUAAAGAUGGGGGAGCAAGGUGGUUGGCUGGAGGCUAAUAGAGGAGACUGGGCGACCAUCUUGGAUUCCCAGACCCAGACGGAUGCAGCCAAGGGCCCAGGGGACAACAUCACUGAGCAGGCCACAACCAGAGGCGAUUUGGUGGAGUCUGCAGUCCAUGAGGACCUGCUGAUAUCCGGUGUUGCUGGUAGGAGAGACUGGAUCUCUGAGGUGACUGGUCACAAACCCUUGCCCCGGAUCAGGACACUGGAUCAAGAGCAGUCACAGUUCCUUCUUGAGUCGGAACCAGGACCCAACCCCGAGGGACAGAGACUCCACCACCACACAGAAGACAACCAGUGGACAGGUGGACUGAACAACCUCAGUCCUGGUGGUCAUCAGAGACAGAGAGGCUCCAGUCAGGUAUCCAAUCUGCAGCCCAGACCCUUCUCUUCACAGUCUCAGAGCAGGGAUGAAGCAGGGCCUAAUAGAGAUAGACCCUCCUGUUCCUAUGAUACAAACACCACAGUAUCCAUGAUGAACAGAGCAGGUCACCCUGGGCUUCAGCCUUCACAGAGAGCGGUGGGAGACACCCCUGGUGGUAGUCUAUCAGCAAGUCUGUCUUCUCCUUCAGGGUCUCGUCUAAAGCCUGGUGACUGGGUUCAUAGACAGCCUGGACCUGGGUCUAGCUUUCCUGGUCAUGGUUACCCCACGAAUACAGACAGGGUCAGGAUGGGCAUUCAUCACAAGAGUUAUCUAACCUAUAACAAUCCCAACAACACCCAAACAAUGGCUAGAGAUCGAGGGAUCUCAAAGACUCACCCUCCUACCUCCUCUGGUGUCAUUGGGUCACAACGUGAGCUGCCGAGCGUUAGGACGGACGCCGACAAGCCCUACUCCUGCCCCACGUGUGGGAAGUGCUUCGCUAGGGCAAACUAUUUGAAGGAGCACCAGACCGUUCACACCAAGGAGAGGCCCUUUAAGUGCAAACUAUGUUACAAGAGCUUCUCUUUCCUGACUAACCUUACCAGACAUAAGAGUGUCCACAACGGGAAGAGCAGUGUGGCUUGAGAUGUACACAGGGGAUAUCUGGGAACCUUUCUUUAGCUGACAUAUUAUAGUUAUCGUGUGAAGUGUCUUGGGAUGAGAGGGUAAUUAAUCACAUACCCCCCAACCCUUUGUUAACUGUAAAUACCUGUUUUCAGAGAGACAGUAAACCUGGGCUAGAACAAGGACAGUUGAAUAUUUACCUUACUGAGGUGAUGUAGAUGGAAUAAAGUCAUUAUAUUAUUUUCUACUCUAUUCUUACUAUGACACUGUUCUUUCUAAACAAGUCUGCCCUCAGUUUGAAAGAUACUGAUCAUAGGAGAUUUAUGUGUAAUCAGUGGUGGAAAAAGUACCCAACAAUCCUACUUGAGUAAAAGUAAAAGAUACCUUAAUAGAAAAUGACUCAAGUAAAAGUCACCCAGUAAAAUUCUACUUAAGUAAAAGUAAACAAGUAUUUGGUUUAAAAUAUAUUAAGUAUCAAAAGUACAAGUAUAAAUCACUUCAAAUUCCUUAUAUUAAGCAAACCAGAUGGCACCAUUUUCUUGUUUUAUUUAUUUACGGAAAGCCGCGGGCACAGUGUGUUUAGUGAGUCCGCCAGAUUAGAGGGAGUAGGGAUGACCAGGGAUGUUCUCUUGAUAAGUGCAUUGAUUUGACUAUUUUCCUGUCAUGCUAAGCAUUCAAAAUGUAACGAGUACUUUUGGAUGUCAAGGAAAAUGUAUGGAGUACAAAGUACAAUAUUAUCUUGAGGAAUGUAGUGAAGUAAUAUUAGUUAAAUAUAAAUAAUAAAGUACAGAUACGCCAAAAAACUACUUUACACCACUUUGUGUAAUUUAAUAAGCAGUACUUUAUUUCAAAGAACGGGCAUCCCUAUUUAAUUUAACAAUACCCUUUGAGCUAUGACGGCAACCAAGAUCCCUUCUCUCAUGUUAAGGUUUUAAUGUGUCUGUCCUAUAUCUAGGAGAUAUGUUUUUUUUGUACACAUAUUUAACCCUUUUUUGCAGGCACAAAACUACUUCCAUAAAUGUUUUUAACCGGUACUGGGUUACCUUAAGACAUGUCCCGUGACACUUGUGGGGGUCGUAGAACAAAACUAAUCUCCCCUUUCUACAGUUGGGUCAUAUCAGUUUGUAGCCCAAACGGUUUGGACGCUAGACAGAAGUUGGCACCGACUUCAGACGAGUCGCACGAGGCAAAACGGAGAACACCACCGUGUUCGUCAGAGCCUUCUCUUUCCCUAGACUGGUCAUAUUAGUUUGUCGGACAAUCCAUUUUCAUGAAAAGACAGAUUUUUGGGAUGUCUCCUGGUCUGACAAACAGCACUGUAGCUUUCCACGGCAGAUGCGGAAAGCCGACAUAGGCAGAUUGACACACAUCCAAUGCCAAUGCCAAAAACAUCUCUCCACCUUAAACAGACUGAUUUUGAUAGGGAUUUGUGUAUUAUGUUAAUUAGAUUGGCGCACAGGUGCAUCAAUCGACUCGGCAGUGAUUUGAUCAUUUGAAGGCAUGGUCCCACACUUAAGACAGAGGAUCCCCAAGGCAGCAGCUACUCUUCCUGGUGUCCAAACACACCAAAGCACACACAUUACAUGCAAAACAACAGAUAAAACAGUGAACUAUGUUUGUACUGAAUGAGCUAAAGAUAAAACAGUACAUCAUAUAACAUCCCUACACCACCACAUAUCCACAACAUGUUCAAUACCACCAUACAACAAUAUCACAAUGUGUGCGUAUGCAUGUGUCUGUACCUUUGUGUGGGUCUUCACUGUCCCUGUUGUUCCAUAAGGUGUAUUUUUACCUGCUUUUUAAAUCUGAUUCUACUGCUUGCAUCAGUUACCAUUCAUGUCAAUGCGGAGAUGCAGUUGAAGUCAGAAGUUUACAUACACUUAUGUUGGAGUCAAUAAAACUCAUUUUUCAACCA